AUGUAUUGGUUGGAUAAAUUAUUAUUAUUGAAUAUUGGGGAUACAGCGAAAUAUUUGUACUAUAGGGCAUAUGACAAUUCAUCAAAAGAGGGGAAUAAGAACAAUUUGAUGACUAUUAAGGCCAAAGAUAUACCAUUUUCAGAAACUCAAUAUUCUGUUGAAAUAGACACAAAACGACUAUAUAAAUAUGUAGUCAACAGAGAACUCCUGUUGGGAAAUCAACAAUGGAGAACUAAAGAUGUAUAUAUUAGUAUACUAAUGGCAUUUAAGGUUGAAUAUGCUAUUUUAGUUAUUUGGAUGUUUUUUACAUUAAUUUUUGACUUCUUUGUUAAAUACCAUGGUACAUACUACUUAAAAUAUAUCCUAGGUAAGGUAUAUGGAGAAGAAUGUGACUCAUUGAUACCUGGUAUUCUACUAUUUAUGUUUAAACUCAUCUCUUUACUAUGCAACACUCAUAUAUCUUAUUACACAUCAAGGUUGAGUAAUAGAGUGAUUGGUGCAAUAAAUGGACUGACUUUAUCUCGUUUGUUUGAUGGCACGAAUGACACUAGUUCCAAAUUCAAUACUUCAGACUCUAAAUUAAAAAUAUCUAAAUAUCAAAAUAUAUUAACUGUUGAUGCUGAAUUUUCUGAGAAUGCUAUUUCAUAUUCUACUCGAAUUCUGAUAUAUCCUUUACAGAUAUUUUCGACUUUUGUAGUUGCAGCAGUAACUUUUGAUUCUACACCACUUUCACUGUUGUUAUUAGUACUUUCAAGUGCAUUUCUACUAUCUAUACUUGCCUUGUACAUUAGUACACUCUUUAAGCGUCCUUUUAUAGCAGCUAGAGAGGAAAGAAUAAAGGAAACAGUGAAUUUACUUGAAGCUUCUAAGGGUUUAGUUGUAACUCAGGAUCAUCUUAUGGCCUCCUUUCAUGCGCUAAUUCAAGAGUCUAGGAAAAAAGAGAUGUAUUAUGGAUCUCUAAGAAAAUACUUUUUUACAAUUGAAGAGGUAUUUUCAAGAUCUUUAUCAUUCUUAUGUUACUUCACAAUUGUAUUGUAUGUGUGGUAUUCUAGAGUUGAACGUACAAAAAGUAUUGAGAUGAUUAUUCAUGCAGCAUGGCUAGUUCCAACAUUUCAUGGCCCACUACAGGAGACUUGUUACUUUCUAUAUUACAUAUCUGAAGGGAUUAAUUCUUUGAAUAGAUUAGGUCAAUUUUUCAAUGUGACUAGAAAGUAUAAUACUGUGUAUAUGGAAAUUUCACAAAAUUCAGAAAAUAACAAAUGUACUGAAUAUAAAGGUGAGGAAUAUGAACACAUAUUCAAUAUUACAAAUUUGGAAGGAUACCACGAGAAUUUUAAACAAUCUGAAUUGUCAAAUUUACCAAUUAAUGUAACUAGAGACUGCACUAUAACUGUAAGCUUGGGUAAAUUUUGGACAAGUAAGGGUCUACCAAGUAAAUUUACUAUAAAUAGAGGUAAACCUGUGAUUAUAGGGUUUGGAAGUAUUUCAAAUAACUAUAUAUUAUCUAAUUUAUUAUCUUGUUUAGUUACAGGAGAGUCCAAUAAUAUCAAAUUGACGGUAUCAUACAAUGGCAAAAUUAUUCCUUUGAAUUCAUUAAGUGAAAUUUGUACAAAUAUUGGAUAUGUCCCUUUGGAUCCAUGGGUAGCUGAUGGAAUGAGUAUAUCUGAUAUAAUUUUAUGUGGAAGAGAGUUUGAUUCUGAGUUAUGGCAGAAUAUCUUAAAUAUCUGUGAACUAUCUUCAGAUUUUGAUGCAUGGGGUAUAUCAAAUUUUGAAGUUGCAAAGAGCAGUGUAUAUUCAAGUUCACAGUUGAGUUCUGGACAAAAAGUCCGUAUAUCUCUUGCAAGAGCACUGUAUGGCUUCAAAAUAGUAGAUAAAUCAAGAAAAGAGGAUAUAAAAGAAGGGCUAAGGGUUUAUUCCAAAGAUAAAGUGAGAAUAUCAUGUGAAAAACGUUCAAAGAAUUGCAAAAACUAUAAGGGAAGUUUAGGAAAUAUAGCUUUAAGAAGUGCUCCUAUUGUAAUACUGGAUUCUAUUUUUAAAAAUCUUGAUCCUCCAGUUUGUAGUAAUAUAUUAUCGAAACUUUUUGAUCUUGAGACAGGUAUACUAAAGGAUGCUAUUUCAAUUUCCGUCUUUGAUUCGCAGUUGCUAAGUUUAUUUCCAGAUCAUAUUUUACCACCUCUUUUGAUUAUGUUAGAUUCACAAGUUGCUGUUCAGGGUGAAUUUGAGGAAUUUACACCUAUUUCACACUCUUCUAUAUCUACAAUGGAAUCUAUUCGUAAUGAUUAUCAGGAUGAUAGCGAUAAUUCAAGAGAUAUAUGGGAUGUUUCGACUAAUGAAGAUCCAACAAGGGAUUUUGAUAAUUCUCCAAAGGAUAUAGCACAUGGAACGAAGGGAAAUUUGCAUAGUGAAGAUUCUGAAAGGCAUCACAGAGAUGAAGAAAUACCAGUUAUAGAUUUGAAAUGUGGAAUGAAAAUAUCACCUAUUGGAAUUGUAGAUAAAUGUGCGGAGAUAUACCAUGAAAAUGGGCAGAUAAUAAAAAAAACAAAACAUGAAUUUAUUGAUAGUACCAAUAUUAAUAAAACUCCAACUUUUUCAAAUCCUAAUAUUAAUCAUAGUUCAAGUAAUUUAAAGUUUGGAAAUAAGGAGUUAACUCUUGAUUCAACAGAUAAUUACGGUACAAGUUUUGGACCACUAUACUAUUAUAUUUUCUAUGCAGCUAAUAGUAGAAAACUUUCAAAGUAUAAUGAUGGAAAGUUAUUAACUAUUAAAGAAUCAUCUUUUGAGAUUAUAUCUUAUUUUCUAUUGUUAUUAUUACCACCUAUAAUAAUUAAGUUUGGAGAAAAGAUUUUGCUAAGUAAUUUAAGCAAUCAAUCUAAUACAACUGGGUUAUUCCAAAUAGAAUUCUGGUACUUUUUUCAUUGCACCCUUAUUUUUCUGUCAGUUUUGUGUAUUUUUAUGAGUGGUUAUCUUGAGGUGUUUGUAGGACUUAGAGCAGCUAGAUAUAUUCACAACUCAUUUUUAUUUGGAUAUAUAAACUCAAAGAUGUCGAGCUCAAUUAGAUCUUUACCAAUAUCCUUCAUAUUAAAUCGUCUGAAUUUUGACCAAUUAAUAGUGGACUACUGCACUACUAAACGUAUUGGACAACUUUUUACAGCUGUUAAUAGAGUAUCUGCAGGCUUAUUUUUGUCUAUUAUAGCAUCUAAUUCACCUGUCUCCCAUGCUCUAUUCUUGAUUAUAUUUGGAAUCCUUAUAUAUUAUGUUGGAUUGAGAUACUUUACAACAUCUUGUCGUUUAAUACGUAAUACUUACAUUUCUGAGAUGUCUCCUUUAAUUGAUACUGUGAGGAAUAUUUGUGAUGGAAAAGAAUGUAUUGUUGCUCAAAACUUAAGCAACUUUUUUUUACAAAGUGGAUUCUGUCAACUGCAGAGCAUGCUGAAACCUUUAUAUAUACAAUCAUCUCUUCAAAUAUGGCUUAAGCUUAGGCUCCAAGUUGGUAUAUUUUUACCAGUAAGUUUGUUAAAUAUUUUAGCACCUCAUUGGCUUGGUUCUAAAACUAGUACACUUACAGCUCUUGUAGUUGCAACUACUUAUAGUUCAUUAAGUAGAAUCGAUGAAAUUGUUAGAUAUUGGACUCGUUUAGAACGUGAACUAGUAUCUAUUGAAAGAAUGAGAAAGUAUAUCACUAUAAUGAGGCAAGAUAGUGCAUUUGACAAAAAUUUAGAAAUCAGUAUUGUCGAUGAAGUUAGUCAUAUAAAAUCUAAAGCAUCUGAUAUACCUGAAGUUUCACUAGAGGUAGAGGCUCCACUUAUGAAGUCGCCUGAUACACGUUUAAUUUUGAAAUCUGUAUACGCUUAUCAUUCAAGUCUAGAUUCACAAGGGAGCUCUGAAAGAGUUGAUAGAUCAGAAAUUGUUGGAAUAUACUUAAAAAGAAUUUGUUGUUUAAAUAAUAUAUCUGCAGUUGUCAAAUCUGGAGAGAUUAUUGGUAUUAUUGGGAGAUCAGGAUCUGGAAAAACCUCUUUACUAAACUUAAUAGCAAACCUCCUUGAAUAUGAUGGUACUAUCAAGUACAUUAAUGAAUUUAAAGAAAGGAAACUUUGCAUUGAUAUUUAUGAACACUAUUUACAUUGCAGAGAUUGUAUUGAGGAAAUAGAUCAAGUUAUUUUAAAUUCUGCUUCAGCUUUACAAAACAAGCUUAGACACAUUGCAAUGUUACCUUUAGAAAUAUUCUUUAGUGGAGAUCGAACUAUCAGAAACAUCUUAGACCCUUUUGAGAGAUUUCAAGAUAUUGACUUGAUAUCAGCUUUAAAUAUUUGUGGUAUCUCAGGAUUUUUAACUAAGAACCUUUAUUCUAGUAACCAAAGUAGAUCAGAUACCAGGGUAUUCUUGACAUUGCCCAAAAAGGAUGAGGAGACGGAUCUAUUACUUGAUGGUCAUAAUCUAUUGAAUAGAUGUUUAUCUGAACCUCUAAAAAACUUCAAGAUUCCAGAUCCCAUUAAAAGAAUGCUUUUAUUUGCUCAUUUCUUCUUAUUUAGAAAUAAUAUAUUUAUCCUACUAAUAGAUGAGCCUCCAGUAAUAUAUACAAGUGCUGUCAAUGAGGGUAUAUGUACAAAGAAAACAAAAAAUACUUCUUUAAUACCUCAAAUUAUUCGGAAGUACUUUAGUCACACAUCAACCUUUAUUGUAGCCCAUGAUAUACGAAAUCUUGAUGGAGUUCAUAAGUUCUGGCAUCUCAAUAAUGGUAACUUAUAUAUUAGACAAUACUAG